AUCCAAAUAGAGGGUGGCAGAAAAAAGAAUAAUGCUGAAAGAGGACAUAAAAACGCGUAUGAAAAAAUAUUAUCAUUACCUUGAGAAAAAAGAAAAAAAAAACACGUGAUUUUCAACGCAAAUAAAAUCAAUCAUCGCUUAAAAUCUCCACCAGAGUUCUCCUCUUCCGCCGCCUCGAUAUCUCCGUCCAGUCUCUCCGGCGGCCGUCAAUUUUGCCAAUCCCGGCGACCAUGUACAUGCUCGUCAACUGCUCUAAUUGCCGCACCCCAUUGCAGGUGCCGCCCGGCGCGCCUUCGAUCCGAUGCGCUAUUUGCCAGGCAAUCACCGCCGUCGCCGAUCCGCGCCACGCGCCGCCGCCUGCCCAGCCUUCUCCUUACUCCCACGCGUCGCCGCCCCCUCCUCAGCCGUCUCCUUAUUCCCACGCCCCGCCCGGUCCGCCGCCCAACCCUCACGGCCGUAAGAAGGCGGUGAUCAUCGGAAUUUCGUACAAGUUCUCCCGCCACGAGCUGAAAGGAUGCAUCAACGACGCUAAGUGCAUGAAACAUCUUCUGAUCAAUAAGUUCCGAUUUCCAGAAUCUUCAAUUCUCAUGCUUACUGAAGAAGAAACUGAUCCAUACAGAAUCCCAACCAAGCAAAACAUGCGAAUGGCGCUCUUUUGGCUAGUACAAGGAUGUCAACCAGGAGAUUCCUUGGUCUUACAUUACUCUGGCCAUGGUUCUCGACAAAGGAACUAUAAUGGAGAUGAAGUUGAUGGAUAUGAUGAGACCUUGUGUCCUCUUGAUUUUGAAACACAGGGUAUGAUUGUUGAUGAUGAGAUAAAUGCAUCUAUUGUCAGACCUCUACCUCAUGGUGCUAAGCUUCAUGCCAUCAUAGAUGCUUGUCAUAGUGGAACAGUUCUUGAUUUACCAUUUCUUUGCAGGAUGAGCAGGAGUGGGCAAUAUGUAUGGGAGGACCAUCGUCCUCGAUCUGGUGUGUGGAAAGGAUCAAAUGGUGGGGAAGUUAUUUCCUUCAGUGGCUGUGAUGAUGAUCAAACUUCAGCUGAUACAUCUGCUUUAUCAAAAAUCACUUCAACUGGUGCCAUGACUUUCUGUUUUAUCCAAGCCAUUGAGCGCGGACAUGGGACCACAUACGGGAGCAUCCUAAGUGCAAUGCGCACUGCGAUUCGAGAUGCUGGAAGUUCUGGUCCAUCACUUGGAGGUGGUGCAGUGACAUCUCUUCUAACAAUGCUUCUUACAGGGGGGAGCUUAAGCACUGGUGGCUUUAGACAGGAACCGCAAUUAACUGCUUGUGAACCUUUUGAUGUAUAUGCAAAGCCAUUUUCUCUAUGAUCAUCACUAGAUUUCUGUAUUUUUUUUACUGUAUUUUUUCACUGUCAUUGUUUACUUAAGCUUAUUCUGGGCUUGGGUGGGUGGAUUUUAUAGAAGUGUGGAUUAUUGUUACUUUAAAGGAUGCGUAGUUGUUCAUUGUAACAAUUUGCGUGACUAAUUAUUUUGCCAUGGGUUAUACAAAUCAUGGAUAGUUCGUUGUGUUUAUACAUAAAAAAUUAGAAUUUUAUUUUGUAUUGGCCGAUUUAACUUCAUCAUGGCAAAAGAAUUUUAAUAGCAAUAGUCAUAUUAUGC